CUCUUUCCUAUCUCAACUCUUGUACGCUCAAAACUUGGCUUGCGAACCAAAGUCAAGUCAACCUCUAUUUUCAUUCCGCUCCCAAAAAGUUGUUACCUAAAUUCUCAUAUAUUAUUUAUUAUAUUUAACUUUAUUAAUCAAAUUGUUAUAAAAUGUUUUCAAAAGUAAUCAAUACCGUCAUCCAACAAAGUGCCAGGCAAUAUUCUUGCAAGAAUGGAUUAAAAGUUACAGUUUGUGGAGGAUCUGGUGGAAUUGGCCAACCACUCUCUUUGCUUUUGAAACAGAGCCCUAUUAUCAAAGAUUUAGCCAUUUAUGAUAUUGCUCCUGUAACACCAGGAGUUGUUGCAGAUUUGAGUCAUAUGGAUACAAAUUCAAAUGUUACCAGUCAUGUUGGUUUAGAUAGUCUUAAGGAUGCUGUUGCGGGCACUGAUGUAGUUAUUGUUCCAGCUGGCAUCCCACGUAAACCAGGCAUGACAAGAGAUGAUUUAUUCAAUACUAAUAUUUCAAUUGUAUGUGAUAUUGUUAAAGUUGUUGGUCAAGUUGCACCCAAUGCUCUUGUGGGUAUUAUAUCAAAUCCAGUUAACAGUGCUGUUCCAGCUGCUGCUGAAAUUUUAAAGAAAUUGAAUGUUUAUGACCCAAAAAAAUUAUUUGGUGUGACUACUCUUGAUAUUGUUCGCUCAAAUCGUUUUGUAGCUGAGUUAAAGGGUCUUCAUGCUACUGAAGUCAAUGUACCAGUAAUUGGAGGACAUUCAGGUGUUACUAUUAUUCCCUUAAUAUCUCAAGCCACACCACAUGUAUCUUUUGAACCUGAUGUUCUUGACAAAUUAACAAAGCGUAUUCAGGAAGCUGGAACAGAAGUUGUAAAAGCCAAAGCUGGUGCUGGUUCUGCUACUUUAUCCAUGGCCUAUGCUGGUGCAAGAUUUACCAUAUCCAUGUGCAAAGCUAUUCUUGGAGAACCAAAUGUUGUUGAAUGUGCUUAUGUUCAAUCUACAGUAACAGAUUCUCCAUUUUUCAGUACACCUGUUCUAAUUGGAAAAAAUGGAAUUGAAAAUAAUUUUGGCUUGGGUAAAUUAUCAGACUAUGAAAAAGAAUUAGUUAAAGCAGCUCUACCUGAAUUAGCUUCCAACAUUAAGAAAGGAGCAGACUUUGGAAAAAACUACAAAUAAAUUAAGGUUUUCAGUUCUUUAAGUUGUUAUAACUCAAUUCAUUAUUUAUUUUUGUACUUCUAAUCUACACAAUAGCAUUAAUUAUAUAUAAUUGAUAAAAAUUGUUAGACUGUACUUGUUGCAUAUUUUCUUAAAAGAAAAACUGUUUUCUAAAAAUACUUUAAAAACUCUAUUGACAUAAAAUGAAUAGUAGUCAUUGCUUUUUUAAUUUUCUUAUAUAAAUAAACCUAUCUCUAGAUAAUGUUAAAUAUAAGUAUAUUCAAUUUUAUUGAAAAUUAUAUAAAUUAUAAUCAAUAAAAUAAUAAAUAUUUUGCUGUGAAUAGAUGGGUUAAAGCUGUAGCAUUUUAGUAGUUUUACUUUGAAUAAAUAAUAAAUUGUGUAAUAAGUGGUAACA